CGGAGACAAGCUGCUUUCCAUCCACAGCGAGCAAAGCGGCGACCACUGCGCGCCUCUCUAAUUGAGUUAGUUAGAACCCCAAUUACUGGAGGAUUUGUUUUCCUUUCGCUUAUAGAUAAUAGAUAAUGUGUGAUCUAAAUAAUAAUCUAGGUCGCCCGGUGUAAACGGACAGUGGGACUGGAACCAGAGGAUGAGUGCGGCUCUCUAAAGCCAGCGGGAGGAAACGCAGCGGCUUUGCUUUUCUUGCGCGUCGUGACCUGGACCAUCUACCGCUGGAUGAGGCGAUGAAAAGCGAACCUUAGGGUUUGUUCCCUCCGUUCACCUCCAGCCUACAUAAAACCAAGUCUGAUCUCCACCUCAUAACCUGCAGCGCAGCCUAGACCCUGAGUUUGUUACCAGCGCUGCGCGUCCCCCCUCCUCUUUCUCUCCAUGCUGUUAAUAAUAAAGUCUGCUGCUUAGGGUCCAGAGUCUCCAGAAACCACCAUGAGGACCACCGAGGAGACCGAGGGCUUUGAUGGCGAGGCCUCCAACACGUCCAUGAUCUCCGGGGCCAGCAGCCCGUACCAGCCCACCACAGAGCCCGUCCUUUCGCGCAACGUUUUAGGGGCGAUACGAUGCGACAUGGAGUACCUCCGGUCCUACUUGGGGAUUUUAAAGGCGGUGGAAGUGGUCCUGGCUCUCAUCGGCUUCAUCUGCAUAGAGACCAUCAUGAUGUGUUCUCCCUGUGGAGGGGUCUACUUCUUCGAGUUUGUCAGCUGCAGUGCCUUCGUGGUGACAGGAGUUCUUCUCCUGAUCUUCUGCCUUAACCUCCACAUCAAGGUUCCCCAGGUCAACUGGAACCUCACGGAUCUAGUUAACACUGCUGCCAGCACCUUUUUCUUCUUCCUCUCUUCCCUCGUUCUGGCCUGCAUCAACCACAACACUGGAGCUGAAAUAGCAGCAGUGACCUUUGGAUUCCUGGUGACAGGUGUGUAUGGCCUUAACACCUUCCUGGCAGUACGGAGGUGGCGCCGCGGCAAUGGGUGUCAGGGGGCCGCUCAGACCAGCGAGUACAUUCGAGCGCGCACGGCAUCUCGAGGAGAAAUGGAGGCUCGACCCGAGCUCGCAUGAGACCUGGCGAAAAGAAGGCGACUGACUGACAUGGACGCAAAAGAAAUUAAUGGAGUUUUGGACCUCGACAGCUCUCACACCAAAGCAGGAUUCCUUUCACAACCAGAGAGUCAAUCAGUAGCCAUUGAGAGUCCUGAAAGGCUGGAUCGGGACUAAAGGUGUAAACUGACAAGGAAACCAUCCUCCACUUCAUUGUCACUAAAAAAGCGCUGUGGUGACAUUAGCCGAGGUUUUGCCUUUCACUGUGAUUGGAGUUUUACAUGUUUCCUACAGUCCUCCAGGUUUCUGUGACGUAUGGACGAGGGAUAGACAGUAGCUCUAUCAGCAAUCGUCUCUUUAUCGAUCCUUUAUCCUACAGCCUCUACCUGUCCUGUUAGCAGAAAGACAUCUCAAAUGUCUCUGACUGUUGCUAGCAUGAAAUCAGUGAACUAUUUUACCAUCAGCAGCCAGUAGGAAGGUCAGUUUUUAUGAUUGAUGAGAAACAUUUGACUGUCACUGAAAAAAAUUCUAUAUUAUAUGUUUUAACUUUAUUCCUAGAAAACCAAAAAUCUUAGAUAUCAAGCUUGCCUUGGUUUUAUUAACUUCUAGCAGGGCUUUUUUGUUGUUGUUUUUGUUGUGAUAGUACAUAAUAAUGACCUUAUUUGAUCCCAUUAUCUCAGCACCCUAUCAAGAUCUCUGAUUCAAAUGAUUAUGUUAUACUUGUUACUUCCAUUCAAUAUAUUGUUUCAGCUGCAAAACUAUAAGCAAGGAUUUAGUUCUGCAACAUAUUUGGCCCCUAAAUGAGUAUUUUAGAUCAGUCUCCUCAGGCAGUAAAGUGUAUCUCAGGUACAGACAGUUUUUAUUGUAGUUGUAAUACACAUAAUGCAUCUAAAAUGAAUCACAGGUUGCCUCAACCAGAACGCUGUGUCUCUUCAUGUUGUCUGUUAGAAAGCUUAAGCAGACUGGGCGCAAAGCAGUUAACAUUCCUGAAAUGUUUUGUUUUUUUAAUGGUUCCUCUGGUGAUAACAAAGUGUAUCUGGAGAAGUAGUAUUAUCUUUGCUUCUAAGGAUAAAGGAGGUCUUUUUUUUAUUGAAUAUACAUCCUAAUUGGACUAAAUGUCCAUAAAGUUUAGAACUUUUUCCAAACCGACUCAAUGGCUCCAUCUGCUGGUUUUUAUUUGAACUGAUUUUUCUUCUACUACACCGUGAGACAAACUACAGACAUGUUGGGGAAGGAGAUCUGUGAGAGACAGAUGAUUAAUCUAAAAUAUCUCCCUACGAGGAAGGACAAGGAUGAUGUUUGACUGUUGAUAAACUGAAGAAAAAAAAAACAGAAAUUGCAUUAAAAAGUUUUUUUUUUAAGUAUUUCUGUAAAAGACAAUCAUGUUUGUAUUUAUGUUUUUAACCUUUAUUAAUGAAAUGACAUUCAAUUAAUGCUAUGAACACAUGUACUGCAACAACUCGUACUAAGUGCAUUAUACCUUUUAGUUAUGAAGCCGGCCAUUUAUUUGAAUUUUAAAAACACGGCAGGCCUUUCUUUUUCAGCGUACCACGUCAUGAUAUGAUUUGUAAUGAAGAAUUAGUAAAAAUGAAGCUUUUUUUUUCCUUUUGCACUUUUCUUUAAUUGUCCUUUGGUGUUGUUCUGGUAAAGGUUUACAACAGCAGGACCAG